UUAGUUGAGUUUUUGAACCUAAAAAGUUAUUGUGCGUUUUCUGAAAUAGCUGUCGAGAUAUAUCUGUGCCACAACCCCCAUUUCUGAUGGAAAACAAACCAGCUGUGACUGCUCUUAAGGAGUUCUGCUCCAAAUCCAGCAAGAAUACUCCAAUUUACGACUUUAUCAUAGGCCGAGAGGGCGGCUAUAUCUGCAAGGUAAAAGCUCUGGAAAUGGAAUCCCAUGGAAAUGGACGCACCAAGCGAGAAGCCAAACAAUUGGCAGCUGAAAAUCUCUGGCGCAAGCUCAGCGUACAUCCCGGAGUCAGCACGGAAAUCCAGAUUUUAAAUCGGGACAUGCUGAAGGAGCUGCGCGACUACUGCCUCCUCCAUGGUAUGCCACAGCCCAUCAUCAAGGCUGUGCCGCAGAGCAGCUCUAGCAGUAGUGCCCAGGACUUUGUGGCCAGCUGCUCCGUGGGCUCAAUUAAGUGCUAUGCAAAGGCGGAUAAGAAAAAGUAUGCCCGCCAGCUGGCGGCCAGUGAAGUCCUAGCCUUGAUCUCGAACCAAAUGCCAGAUGCCAACGUGGAGAUGACUAGGGAUUUCGGGGACACCAUGCUAGAGACCAAGAAGUGCUUUAAUGCCUUCAAAGAGCUCACCGAUACCGGCAGCGUGAAUAUAAAGGCUGUGCGUCUUUGCGAUCGCCACAACUACUUCAAGAGAUUCUGUCCUGCCUUAAAGGAGGCGGCUUUUGAGGUAAUCCGUUCGGAUGAGUAUGCAAAUACCAAGGAUAAGGCACUAAGCCUGAUGAGCGCUCUGAAGCUAACACCGAACAUUGGCACCGUAGAUUCCACUUCGGAGGAACCGCUGCUGAAAGUCGACCUAAAUUGCGAAUUUGAUUGCCUCUUUUUGGGUAUGGAAAGCAAAAUUUACGGGCAGAUUAUUCAAUAUUUCAAAGAUAUGUUGGUCUAAAGUCUAGGUAUGUGUCUUUUAAAAAAAUAACUCAGAAUAAGCAAAAGAGUUGGAUAUAUAUUAAUCUAAGCCCGAAUAAAUCAAAUAAUAAUUCAUUGUCUAAGUAAUAUUGUUGAAAAUGUAACUAAAUUAUUAAACCAAAA